UUCAGUGAUUUCAUUAUUCUCCCAGGCUUUAUUGAUUUUACAGCUGAUGAAGUGGUAAGUUACUUCCAGAUUUUUUUUAUUAGAGUGGAAUCUCUUGCAGUAACCAGUCUGUGGUGUAAAGAAGAGCCUAUUUGGACCCAGGGGGGUUUACUCUGGAUUUCAAAUAGUGGGGAUGAUCGAAUGGGGGCCAAAAUCAAACCCAAAAAACUCCCUUAGGUAGGGCUUCCAACAAAUCGAGACAAAUCCCUGGAACAAAAAUUAGCCUAAAAAUAUCCCAUGCCGAAUUUAGCGCCUUGAAAAUUUCCAGAAAUCAUUAAAUGAUAUAACACAAAAAAUUAGGGUUUUUCAAAACAAGUUUGGUUUUACUUUAUUCGCAGAACCGCAUGGCCAGGAUAUGCAGGCGCUACCACAAAUCUUCAGAUUGUUUUGAAUAUAUCUAAAAAGAAUCCCUACUUAAAUCAAGACACCCAAAACAUACUUGAGAAAAUUUCCUACCCAAAAAAGUCUCGGACUGGAAAAUUUCAAAUCCCCAAAAAUCCUUUAGUCAUCCCCGUCGCUUGAGAUUUAGAGUUCCCACCUGGGUGUUUGGAGUAAUUUUGAUUUUUAAGCAAAAUCUGUGGUUGGGUUUCUUUGAGAAGAUGUGAAUCUGGACACUUGAAUAAUUUUGAAUUUUGUGCUACUUAACUGUCAAAAAUAGUUUAGAAUUGAGUUGAGUUUAUUAAUUUGUUAUAUGUAGACAAAAUCUAAAUCCAGCGUGGCCCAGAUGUUUGAAAAGCCGAUUUAAUCUAUCUGAGUUCAAAUUUUAAUCCGGGUUCCUUUUCCUUUUGUUGAAGAGCAUUUUCCCCUUCAAUUUCAUCUAAUCAUAUGUAGCGCAUACAAGCAUCAAAUCCUAGACUAACAGAUUUAACGUGAAUUCUCUUCUUAAGUGUUAUAUUUUGGAACUCUGUUUCAGGAUUAAUAUUUUUGUUUUGUUGUAAACCGUACAGGACUUAACCUCGGCCCUGACUAAAAAAAUCACACUGAAGACACCACUGGUCAGUUCUCCAAUGGAUACAGUCACUGGUAAGGCAAAAGUCCAAUUUUGAAAUUAAAAAUUACCGUUGAAUUCAAACGUUAACGACACAUUCAUACAGGGUUAGCCUUGACUUAAAGUAAAAUAUUCAAAAAUUCCGGCGAGUAAGUGUUUGAAAUUUGAAAAUGCACAAUAGACAGAGUAAUAAACAGGUCUUCUUUUUGUUGGAAUGUGUGAUCGUAUUAACUUCAGAUGGAGGCUUACUUACUGCGCACAAUGCCCACUGGCAUGAAGGGUGGCAACGAAGGCCCUCAACUCCUGUCUCAUCUGGGCCAGCUUCCAGAUGGUACCCCAGGUGUGGUUUAGGGUCUUAAUCUCUCCUUCGGCUGUUCAUCGCCAGGUGUGCUUCGAUCCGCCUCUCUUGCGCUUGCCUUGUGGUGUCCAUUGUAGGGCUUAGUGGGUAAUGUUACCAGUGUCUUUCCUAAGCACGUGCCCAAUCCACCCCACUUUCUCCUCAUGAUGAUGGUCUCCGGCUGUCUUGAUGACAAUGAGUAAGCGGUUGAAAAUGCUUCUUCACUUCUUUUAUGCAACGGUCAUAGCAAACUCGAAACUGGACAAUUUAUUCUAAUCAUUAACAUCAAUGGACAUACAUUGUAGUGAUCACAAAAAUGUUUGAAGUCUCACAAUCUUGUUCAUGCUGUUUUGUACUUUUUAACUUUCUAUCACAUUAUACCCUUCUCUCUGCAGAAUCUUCCAUGGCUAUAGCAAUGGCUGUAAGUAUUAUAGGUCAUAUACGAAAAUGUUAAUUUGUACCUUUUAAACUGCACAUUUACAUAGCUUUAAGGCUCUCUAGUCCUCUGCAUUUUGUGUUUUUUUAUUAUUUUUAAAAUGAUUGUGAUUGCAUACAAUAUUUUCUCUGCUCAAACCUUCUUGAGAAUACACGUAUGAACGUAAUGUGUUCGUGUGGUUCAUUUUUAUCUUUGGUGCAAAUUUUGUCUUCUUGUGUUGGAAACUCAUACAUCACUUGAUUACCAUACUAAAAUACAAGGAGAAAAUAAAACUGUAACCUUUAAUUUGAGAAAAAAGAUAUCAGCAUUCUAGCACAUGUCAAACAAACAUCAAAGCAGAAUAGGUUAAUUAACGGAUGUGAAUUAAAUGUUGACUAUACUUGUUAGUAUAUUAAUAUAGGCCUUAGGUAAAUGAAAACAAAACAAAAAAGACUAUGCUUUCUCCUUCAUUAUCAGCUGAAUGGGGGUAUUGGUAUAAUCCAUCACAACUGCUCUGUGGAGUUCCAAGCGAAUGAAGUAAGAAAGGUCAAGAAGUUUGAACAGGGUUUCAUUCUGGAUCCAUUGGUUCUUAGCCCUGACAACUGUGUCGGAGAUGUUACAGAGGCCAAAGCCAAACAUGGGUUCUCUGGGAUCCCCAUUACAGGUACAAGUUAAUGGUUUAAACUGUUUCAAAAGGUGGAAGGCUUGUGCAGCAUGAAGCAAUCUGUUAGGUUAUUCCAUUCAGCAAGCUGGUUUUUUUUUCCAAACCAAUCCUGCAGUGCUUUUUGACACAGCACCAACCCAGUUCAAUCCCUGCAAAACUUUAAAAUAGCCAAAAUGUACAUGUACAUAGAUAGGCACAGCAAUCAUAACGUUAGAGAUAGACCACAAUAUUACUGAGCACCCUAUCUCCUGAAGAAGGAGGGUGGGGUUAGGUUUGCCACUCGUCAACUGUUCAGUUGUGGAUGAUUGCUUAUCCCUGUACCUGGCAAGUUGUUUGCAUGUAUUGUGAUUUUCUCUAACCAUUUGUUUUUUCUGCAGAAAAUGGACGUAUGGGUGGAAUCUUGGUGGGCAUCAUCACAUCACGAGAUAUUGACUUCGCACAUGAACCAGACAUGUCCAGGCCUAUAAAAGAGGUAACAGAUGCAAAUAUGAAACUAUCUGUUUGAUUGUACAGUAGUCUUUAAUUUAGGAUUCCUGAAGGACAAUACAUGUUACUAUCCAAAUUGAUUUUUGUUAUACUGAAUGCACAUAAAGUUGUUGCUAAGUGUCCACUAAAUUAAUGUGUGCUCUGUGUGCAAGUACAAUGUACAUACAUGAAUCACCUCCAGGGACUUUCGUUUUGCCCAGUUAUGAUGUGGCGUUGUGGGGACUUGGAUUGUAUGUGUAUGUCCAGUGCCAGCCGACAGUUUAUAUGAGCAGUCUGUGAAAUUAUAAAGUAAUUCAAUAAAACAAAUGGCUCCCAGUUAGAGGACCCACAAUGGAAAAGUAGUGGCUGGACAGUUAUAACAUGGAAUGUAAGAUCUCUAGGCCUGGUUUAACCGUUGCCACUGCAUCAUAUCCUUGGGCAGGAAUCAUUACGUCACCUUUCAUCCAGGUGUACACUGUGUAAAUAAGACCGUGUGAGAUACACCGCUAGAUUAACCCUGCAGUGAAGCUACCUUUUAUCCAAGGGCAAGUAGCUCCUCAGGGUUCUCAUUAAGUGCUGGCAACUGGUUAAAAAUCUGGCUACUUUGAGGUCUGAGCCACCUACUUUUGGAGGAAAAUGGGUGUAAAGGGAGAGAGUGAAAGCCUCAAAUUGCCUACAGCACUUGACUGCCGAGCCAUCUACUUUAACAUCCUACCUGUCUACUUUAGAACUUAAUGAGAACCCUGUUUACUCCUUGGUGAUUCAGGCGACCCAAACCAGUUUAAGCUUUAGCUUUGUGUUUUUGCACUUUGCUUGAAUAUACCUUUUCCUUUACCUUUAAUUUAUGAAUUUGUUGAUGGGUAAACUUUAAUUUCGGUAACAAAGAGACAAACCUCUUGUGUGAUGCGCAUUAUAUAAUAUUAUUAUGCAGGUGAUGACACGCCGAGAAGACCUGGUUGUUGCUAAAGAUGGUGUGACACUUCAAGAAGCCAACAGCAUUUUGCAAAGGAGCAAAAAAGGUUAACAAUCUGACCUGAUACCUAACAUACAAUUGAUGAAAUGCUGUAUUUACCACUGUCUACUUCGUAAAGCAUAAGUUCAAGCUUGGCAUUUUUGUACCACAUUACUGACAAACUGCAGAGGGCCCUUUGUCCCUCUUGAGUACAGUUAUCAAAGGAAAGCUAGUAUAUGGUCCAUUUUUAAUAUACAAUGCUUCUUCUUGUAUGACAGGAAAGCUUCCGAUCGUUAAUGAGAAGGGAGAAUUGGUAUCUUUGAUUGCCCGCACAGAUCUUAAGAAGAACAGAAAUUUUCCACUGGCUUCUAAAGAUGCCAACAAGCAGCUGUUAGGUAUGCCAGGUAUUGUACUGUUUUUAUCGCAGAUCAGGAAGGUGCUUCCUUGAGGUUGUGAUCAUAGAGAUGAUGGUGCAGUAAACUUUUUCUUAUCUGGAUGCUGUUGGAGCUGGCACAAAGAAUCUGUUCUGUAGAGACUGACUGAAAAAUCAGAGGAACUGCAACUGGUGUCCAUUUUAAGGAAGUUUCUGUCGAACAGAGGUGUUCAUGAAGAAAAAGUUGACUUGAGCAUUGUGUGCAGAUACUAGAAAAUGACCUGAUUGGUAUUGAAUCUUUCUUUGCAUGUAACUCAGGCUGUGUUCACACUAUAACAGAUAGCUGUUUGUGCCAACAGGAAAACCUAUCCAGUAUGGUGUGAACAAAAAUGGCACAGAACUGAAACAAGUUGUUUACACCCAUUAAACAUCAUAUCAGAGCGGUUGGCCAAGAGGGUUUGCUGCGCUAAAUCCCAAUCCUCACUUCUGAAGUCCAGUCCUCGUUUCGACCUUCUCACUUCCACUACAGCUUGAAUACCUUUUGACACUACACCAAAGUUCGGCACAGAACCUACAGAGUAUCUGAUAUGUAAUAUGCUUCACUGUUGGGUUCAGCAUAGCGCAGCUUGUUCUAUUACAAAAAUUGCGUUGAAAUCACCACUCUUGUGUGUGAACAGAGGCUUGAUCCAGGUGAAAAACUUUCCGGAAAAGUGAGAACAUAGCUACAGUUGUGAAUGUAGCCGAGUUGAUGUGGUUGAAAAAGAAAUAUGAAUCCAUAACAAGACAAAACCAUAGCAAAGAGCAACUGUCACCUAUGCCUAAUUACCCUUUUUUUCAUGCUGUUUUUGAGAGAAACCCACAGUUGAAAAAGGCUUGAUUAACUGUUUUUGAUUUGCCGCCCAUAUCUUGCAUUCCCCGGCUUUUACUGAGAGAUUUUAAAGCAAAAAAGAGACUGCUCGCAUGAUUCUAGCAAUGUAUAUGUUACUAAUUUAAAGAACAAAACACCUAAAACUGGAGCACAAAACGCUCAAAAGUAAAUUGCCAACCAUUCCACGCUCACCUAAAGAUACAGUGCUGAAAGAAAGUGGUCUUUCCUUGCAUCGCUAGCAGUUCGUUUCAUUAAUUUUUCACAAUUUUUUUUUUUUGGCUUUUUUCAACUUUUUCUUCAAUGUGCCCUAAAGAAAUUGCCAGUUUGCACGCUAGAGUUUUUAAGCCUUCUUACCGCUUCAAUAAGAAGUGUAUAGAGGAUAUAAUAAAAACUAUGAACUAGAUAUUAAACCAUUGAGUGAUAAUUACAUGUAAUGAUUACACAAUGCAAAUUCUCUUUUUGACUUCAGUGGGUGCAGCCAUUGGGACUCGAGAUGAGGAUAAGCAGAGAUUAGAAGCUUUAGUCCAGAGUGGUUUGGAUGUCGUGGUUAUUGAUUCUUCUCAAGGAAAUUCAAUUUUUCAGUUAGAUAUGAUCAGGUAAACUGUCAUUUUACUGAUAUGUACACAUUUCUUUUGUAGGAUUCUAGCAUGUAAAACAUUUUCAAAUAUUUUAGAUCACUAGAUAGACACGUAGAUUAAAACUUUUAAAUUCCAAUUUGAUCUAGAAUUCACAGACGCAUGUGAUUGAGUAGCUUACUUUGCACCUGUUUUGUGAGGGGUCAUGGUUUGCACGGGCCUUGAAAAGUCCUUGAAUGUUCCACAGAAGUUCUUGAAUAUUUUUGAAAGCUCCUUGAAUAGAAAUAACCGUCGUUAAAAAAAAAUGUUUUGCACAAAGGAAUGAUUGAAAGAACAGCAACGUACACAAAUUUUCUUGGCGAUCAUGAAAGUGUUUUCUUAUGAUUUCAAUGUUCCCAGCAUACUUCAUCUUUCAUGGAACCAUGCCUUAAUGAAGGAAGGUAUUACAAUAAGCGAACCUCCCUCCACCUACUCAUUUUUAAAGGUCUCUAAUUCAUGUUACUAGAAGUCCUUGAAAAAAUGAUCUUAGUCCUUAAUGAGUUUUUCCCAAAAUUUGCACUGAACCAUGGAGGUGCAAAUGUUACUGCUCAUGUAAUUGCCAUGCUGACUUCUAAUAGAGUAGAGGAGCUGGGAAGAGUCAAAAGGGGCCCUAAACAGACGGUCACUAUUUUUAUCUUUCCAAUCUUCCUCAGUGUGUGUAGUAUUCAGCCAAUUGUAUAAAGAUAAAGCUGGAAAUCUGUAUUAACCCUUUAAACCCCAAUCACAACUGCAAUCACAUUUCUCCUAGAAAUAUCACUGCUAAGUAAAAUAAUGGGUCGAUCAUGAAAAUUAAGACGGAAUCCAGUGGGACAUCGAGUAAUUUUGAUUUUCAGUGGACAAAAAUCUUGUACCAGAGUAAUUUAAAGCAUAUUGCAUUCUUUCUUACAUUUUUCAAGGGCUAAAGAUGUAAUAAAUCAUCUGUAGUAACACCAAAAAAAACUUUUUGUGAGAGCCCGAGAAAACAAUGUCAAAUUUCACAAAAUGACAUCUUUCACAUGAAAUUUUCAGAAUUUUACCUGUGUAAUCACAAUUCUUGUGAAACUUGACAUUCAUUUUCUCGGACUUCCAUGAGAAAUUUUCUUUGGUGUUACUACAGAUGAUUUAUUACAUCUUUAACCCUUGAAAAAUGUAAAAAAGAAUGCGAUAUUCUUUAAUUUAUUCUGCUACAAGGUUCUUGUCCACUGAAAUUAAAAUUACUCAAGUUCCUGAUAGAUUCCAUCUUAACCCUUAAGCCCUAAUAUCCACAUACAAAUUCCUUAUACUGAUAUCUUUACAUCUCCUUGAAGAACUAGUUGAGAGAGUUUGUAUAAAGAUCAAAGAAUUUUCAUUUGAUUAAUUCUUACAACCUUUCCUCUGGUUGACGUAUUGAUAUUAUUAGGAGAAAAUUGAUGUCAGUCACUUUUGGGAUUUAAAGGGUUAAGCAGCUGAUCAAAGAGAUUCUCCUCAUCGUACCUUAGGAAAUGUAUAGAAAAAAGUGUAGAGAAUCUGAAUGCUGAUAAUUACAGUGAAACCUCUAUUAAGCAGACCCCCAAUUAGGCGGACACCCUCUAUUUAGCGGACACUAAGGGUAAAGCCGGGUCCCGUCUUAUAUUUCCCUUUAUAACGAACCCCUCUUCAAUGGACACCUCUAUUAAGCGGACACGGAUACUAAAAUAAAUUAAUUGUAUUUGGCUAAUUUCUUUUGUGAAAAACCUCUGUUAAGCGGACACCGGACUGAGUCGACAAUAGCAGUAUUGGAUUACGUUCUGGGAAUAUGUAUUGUAGUCGAUUAAUAAAGAUAAAUCAAUACAUUUAGCUGUCAAUAAACUGGAGAUUAGACCGUUAUCCGGUUGGCAAUGAAAAGUAAUGAACUUGAACUCUGGAUAGCUUUCUUAACAACGUGGAACUUUAUCACAGUACAGGGUAACCUUUGAAUGUAAAUCGUUAGCGAACAUUGCACAAUUUUUUCAAACCUCUAUUAAGCAGACACGAAGGUGUCCGCUUAAUAGAGGUUUCACUGUAUUAGGGUUUCAAUACAUCAGCCAAGUGAUGAUGACUAUGGUUACAGCUGACUAUCAAUGUUAAACCAGAGUUUCAGUACAUCAUUAUAGCGGUUUGAAAUCUUGAUGGUUUCCCUUUUCCAUGGCUACCCAUUGUAAAAUCAAACCAAGAGAAAUUUGCACCUGACUCCAUGACGAGUGUUCAGAGGACAAACACCCUGUAAUGACGGUGCAUACGACAAAAACUGUGUUUAACUGAUGCACUCUUUAGUAAUCUGAUGGCUGGUGUGAUGUACUUUACUGAGAUACAUUAUUAUUAUAGACCUCUACAGUGGUAGAUCCAGGGGAGGGGCCCGGUGGGCCCGACCCCCCCCCCGCCCCCAAACUUAUUUUCAGACCAAACUGAGGCCCGAAGGGCCAAAAUAAGUAUUUUGGAGAGCGGACCCACCCCCAGGUGACGCCCUCCGACGCGCCACCCCCCCCCCCCCAAAAUAUAUUUUGAAGCCAACCGGGGCCGAAGCGGCAAGACAAAAAAGUUUGGGGGGCGCCCCCCCCCCCCCCCCCCCUUAUCUCAAGGUCUGUAUCCGGCACUGCUUUACAUUCUAAAACGAGGACGACUAUAAAGAGGACGAGAUUUUCUCAAAACUAAGUAGCCUGUUCCAAGGGUUCAGAUAGUGGAGUGUGACGCGAAGUAAGAGAGCGGGAAAAAAUGGAGGAAACCCACCUUACCUCCUCGCUGUUUUUUUGUGCUCACAUCUCUUCACGCCGUCCCCACCAUCUGAGCGCCUGGAACGGGCUAAAUAGUGCGCACAGAUGAACUUGCAUCAUUUUGGCGGGAAAACGUGAUAGUAGAGAGAUUCACGUUUACGCUAAACGGCAGACGUGAAUUUGUACCACGUGACCAAGUUUUCCCCUCAUUUUCCGUUUAUUCUUUAUUGCUUCUACACAAAAAUAAGUAGUUUUAUGCCAGUUUUAACCAUAGGAAUCGUUCGGGGCUGUUUUUAUCUGCUUAUUUUCGAUUCUGACAAAUUCUCAAAUUGAGGCGGAUGUUUGCCGUUUACGGUAAACGUGAAUCUUAAUCUCUCUAGUAGUUGUCUUCAGUCUACUGCAGGUUUUAGAUGGAAAUAAGUUAUUAAAAUUACUGUUAGAAGUUUUAUCAUGGAACCGGUGAUUAUUUUGAACAAAUCACUCUACCUAGGUUUAUAAAAGAGCGUUACCCAGAUCUGCAAGUGGUUGGCGGUAAUGUGGUAACCGCGGCACAGGCAAAGAACCUUAUCGAUGCCGGAGUAGAUGCAUUGCGGGUUGGCAUGGGAGCUGGCUCCAUAUGCAUCACUCAGGAGGUCAUGGCAGUGGGCAGGCCACAGGCAACUGCUGUUUUCAAGGUAGCGGAGUAUGCAAGACGCUUUGGGGUCCCUGUGAUUGCUGAUGGUGGAAUUCAGAAUGUGGGGCAUAUUUCUAAAGCGCUCAGCUUGGGAGCAUCAACUGGUACGAUAUGUUUAUCAAACGCUGUUACUCUGACUGUUACAUAAGGGAGACUUAGCAACGACGACGGCGGCAGCAUCGAGAAAAAGCAAUAGGUUUAACAAGCGAAACAACAACUCUGCACAUGCAUUACGCUUUUUCUUUUGUACAUUUCCUUGCCGCCAUUGCACGAUUAGGACGUGACAUUUCAAUUACCAAUCGAUGUUGCCCUGACUGUAACAUAAAGGAGCUUAGUAACACGACGGCGACCGCAACGAAGAACAAGCAACAACUCCGCACUUGUAUCAGGCGUUUUUGUACAUCUCUUCGUUGCCGUCUUUGCACGACAAGGAUGUGAAAUUUCGUUAUGUGACAUUUUUCGGAGGAUGUAAACAGACGACGACAAAUAAUUAUUUUUUCUCUUUUGAAUAUUGUCCUUCAGAAAUCAAUUUCAGGGAAGUUUACCUACGUUUGACAUUUUAAACGAGUGGGAAUUAUCGUGACAAAGUUUGAAAAAUCACGAAUUCAAUUCCGCUGCCGUCGCCGUCGUCAGUGUUUAAGCCCCCUACACUGUAAUAUUACGUUAGGUUUAGCACUGGGCACUCAAUGUAUCUGAAAACCAAGGCAGUGAUGGAAGAAAAAUGGGGGAAGAUAAAUACGUAAAACAAUUCCUUUGUUUGUUAUAGCUUUUGAAAUAAUAUUUUGAAGAAGUUUUAAGCAAGAACCCCCAAAGGUUUGGUAUUAAAAUUAACACACAAUGUCCAAAUUAAUGUCCUUUAUGACAUAAAUUUUGGUUUAUCGUAUUACUUAACUUUCCAGUUAUGAUGGGAUCUUUGUUAGCUGGUACAACAGAAGCCCCAGGCGAAUAUUUCUUUGCUGAUGGUGUCAGACUUAAAAAAUACAGAGGUGAGUAUCUUAGAAUCCUUAAGUGUUCUCAUCAGUUACCGAGUUUAUCAGUUGUUAUUGAUGAGUUGAAAGUUUAGAAACGACAAGAAGACUGGAGCCGAGAUGUGUCCUGCAAUUGCUUCUGGGAUCGUACAUGUACUUCCCCACCCCUCCCCUCCCCUCCCUGUGACUAGUAACAGUCCCAGAAGUCUUUGCGAAAAUUGACCCAGCCAGUUUCCUUCCCGCUUGGAAUUUUUGACAUAAUUUUGGUUUCACUGUUUUCUUUUCAGGAAUGGGAUCGUUAAGUGCAAUGGAGAACAAGGGCGGCGCGCAAAGAUACUUCAGGUGAUACAACUUCUUGAACGCAAUUAACAAAUUUGUAAUGAUUGGCCAUUCUGAGGUUGUAGAGAGUUUUUAAGAUACCCCGACGGCGACGGCGGUAAAACGUCACUUAAAAAGUGACUUCGCGUUCUUUGAAACUUCAGUGCGAUUAUCUUAACUCGCUCACUUUGUCCAAUAUGGGCAAACGUUCCUGGAGCUGAAUUCUUAAGAAAGAAAUUCAGGUUUAGAGGGAGAAAGAGAAAUUCGUCGUCGUAUGUUCAAGUUGUCGAUAAUACGUGAAAUUAGGCCCUUCAAGUCGUAGUUGUGCAGUGACGGCAAAGAAAUGUACAAAAAUGCGUGAUGCACGUGCAGAGUUGUUGUUUUGCCUUAUUCAACCUAUUGCUUUUUUGACGUUCUCGUUGUCGUCGUCGUCGUAGCAUCUUAAACUCCCUUGUAUGCAAGACUGGGCCGGUGUUGUGCAUUGUGGGACUGUUUUGCAUUUUAAUUGCAUGUUUACUUGAUGUGCUUGUUUUCGUCCUCCCUCCUCCCCGCCCCAUUCACUUGUCUGUCAGACUUUAUCCUCCACACAAUAGUUUCUCAAUGCUGUUGAUAAGUGACUGCAGGUGGGCGGUGUCUGGGUUGCCAUGGAGACCAUGCUUUCCUCCCUUUUUUCUGACUCGACGGCACCUUUCCUGAAGUAUUGUAUUUGGCUUAAGGUUAAACACUUAACAUCAAUGUUAAACUGAUUUUUUUUGAAGUGAACACGACAAGGUGAAAGUAGCCCAAGGAGUAUCAGGGUCAGUGGCAGAUAAGGGCUCCAUCCACCGAUUUUCACCAUAUCUAUGCACCGGGAUUCAACACGGCUGCCAAGACUUGGGAGCAAAGAGUCUCACUCAGCUAAGGUUGGUUCUUACUUCAAAACUGGUUUUAAAUAACAAUGGAACCCCUUGUGUAGGAGAAAAUUUUUCAAGUUGUCACACUCAGAAUCGUGGCGCUUGCCUGCCAUCGCGGCCCCGGGAAGCGCCACACAGGGAGCCCAAAGGAGUAUUUACUUCAACCCUCCAUGAUGCCAGUAAAUUGGGGCCGUUUUUUAAGGGGUGGGGGCCUUCGGCUACUAUGUGUGUGACCCCCGGCUACUUUCAUAGAAAAAUAAAGGAAAAUGGAACCAAAAGAACUUCCGAGCGGUUCAAGCCCCCGCCUGAGCGGCAAGUUGACGUUUGGCUUAGGGAAGACAUCAGAAAGCUUAAGCAACGACGACGGCGACGGCAACGAGAACUCCAAAAAAACAACGGGUUUAGAUCAGCAAAACAACAACUUUGCAAACAAUCAAAUGAAAGGUUUGGAGCGAGUCUGAAAACGGAGAGCCAGACCGGCGAUAGACGCUUUUUUCCUCUCGCCUCACACGUCCUACGGGUGCGUGAGGCUCGCGCGCUUCGGGCGUGUGAGACUCUAACGCUAGGCUAAACGAUUUUGAAGAAAAAAACCGACUGUUUUUCAGUCUAUAGCUGGCAAAGCCGCGAGACGAACAAGAGCAAAAGAGACUCGCUUCUUAUCCCUCAAGACCGCCCAAAAUCUAAGCAAAAUGACAGUUCCAAGGCCCUGGGUAGUUUAUUUGAAUGAAUUUCUUUACAUCGCAUAAACAUUGCAAUGCUGUGAGAAAAACGGCAAGGGAGAGAUCUGGAGACUCAUUGAGUAGCGUAACGUACUGGUGGAUUUGUUUUAGAUCUAUGAUGUACUCUGGAGAGCUCAAAUUUGAGAAGAGGACUACUUCAGCACAGAUUGAGGGAGGAGUUCAUGGAUUGCACUCGUAA